GCACCCUGGUGGGUGGGUGCCUGCCAGUAGUUGAGGCGCCAUGGCGGCGGCGGCGGUGUCCGAGGCCUGGCCGGAGCUGGAGCUGGCUGAGCGGGAGCGGCGGCGGGAGCUGUUGCUGACGGGGCCCGGGCUGGAGGAGCGAGUGCGGGCGGCGGGUGGGCAGCUGCCGCCGCGGCUUUUCACCCUGCCGCUGCUGCACUACUUGGAAGUGAGCGGCUGCGGGAGCCUGCGCGCGCCGGGGCCUGGCCUGGCGCAGGGCCUGCCGCAGCUGCACAGCCUCGUGCUCCGGCGCAACGCGCUGGGGCCCGGCCUGAGCCCCGAGCUAGGGCCGCUGCCUGCCCUUCGGGUACUCGACCUGUCGGGCAACGCGCUGGAAGCGCUGCCGCCGGGCCAAGGCUUGGGCCCCGCCGAGCCGCCUGGCCUUCCGCAGCUGCAGAGCCUCAACCUCAGCGGCAACCGGCUGCGCGAGCUGCCAGCCGACCUGGCGCGCUGCGCCCCGCGCUUGCAGAGCCUCAACCUUACCGGCAAUUGCCUCGACUCCUUCCCCGCCGAGCUCUUUCGCCCCGGCGCGCUGCCCCUCCUCAGUGAACUGGCGGCUGCUGACAACUGCCUCCGAGAACUCAGCCCCGACAUCGCCCACCUGGCCUCGCUCAAGACGUUGGACCUUUCCAACAACCAGCUGAGCGAGAUCCCUGCGGAGCUUGCGGACUGCCCCAAGCUCAAGGAGAUCAAUUUCCGCGGGAACAAGCUGAGAGACAAGCGCCUGGAGAAGAUGGUCAGCGGCUGCCAGACAAGAUCCAUCCUGGAGUACCUGCGCGUCGGAGGCCGCGGUGGCGGGAAGGGCAAGGGCCGUGCCGAGGGCUCGGAGAAGGAAGACGGCCGGAAGAAGAGGAGGGAGAGGAAGCAGAGGCGGGAGGGCGGCGAUGGGGAGGAGCAGGACGUGGGAGAUGCCGGCCGGCUGCUGCUCAGGGUCCUGCACGUCUCUGAAAACCCCGCACCCCUGACAGUCAGAGUGAGCCCCGAGGUCCGGGACGUGCGGCCCUACAUUGUGGGGGCCGUGGUGCGAGGCAUGGACCUGCAGCCGGGGAAUGCGCUCAAGCGCUUCCUCACCUCACAGACCAAGCUCCACGAAGAUCUCUGUGAGAAGAGGACGGCCGCCACCCUUGCCACCCACGAGCUCCGCGCUGUCAAAGGGCCCCUGCUGUACUGCGCCCGGCCCCCACAGGACCUCAAGAUUGUUCCCCUGGGGCGGAAAGAAGCCAAGGUCAAGGAGCUGGUGCGGCAGCUGCAGCUGGAGGCCGAGGAGCAGAGGAAGCAGAAGAAGCGGCAGAGUGUGUCGGGCCUGCACAGAUACCUUCACUUGCUGGAUGGAAAUGAAAAUUACCCGUGUCUUGUGGAUGCAGACGGUGAUGUGAUUUCCUUCCCACCAAUAACCAACAGUGAGAAGACAAAGGUUAAGAAAACGACCUCUGAUUUGUUUUUGGAAGUAACAAGUGCCACCAGUCUGCAGAUUUGCAAGGAUGUCAUGGAUGCCCUCAUUCUGAAAAUGGCAGAAAUGAACAAGUACACUUUAGAAAAUAAAGAGGAAGGAUCACUCUCAGAUACCGAAGCUGAUGCAGUCUCUGGACAACUUUCAGAUCCCAGAACGAAUGCCAGUGCUGGAAAGGACGGGCCCUCCCCGCUGGUGGUGGAGCAGGUCCGGGUGGUGGACCUGGAAGGGAGCCUGAAGGUGGUGUACCCGUCCAAGGCCGACCUGGCCACUGCCCCUCCCCAUGUGACUGUCGUGCGCUGACGCCAGGACCGCCUGUCCAGCCUGUCCGCGUUUGUUUGGCCUGUUUUACCGAGGUUUCUAUGUGGCAAUGUUGAAUUAUCCAUUAGAUUUUCACCCGUUUUUUUUGGUUGGUUGGUUUGAGAUGGAGUCUCACUCUGUUGCCAGGCUGGAGUGCAGUGGCAUGAUCUGGAAUCACUGCAACCUCUGUCUCCUGGGUUCAAGCGAUUCUCCUGCCUCAGCCUCCCGAGUAGCUGGGACUACAGGUGUGUGCCACUAGCCCAGCUAAUUUUUGUAUUUUUAGUAGAGACGGGGUUUCACCAUUUUGGUCAGGAUGGUCUUGAUCUCUUGACCUCAUGAUCUGCCUGCCUCUGCCGCCCCAAAGUGCUGGGAUUACAUGAUCCUCCUGCCUCAGCCUCCCAAAGUGCUGGGAUUACAGGUGUGAGCCACUGUGCCUGGCCCGCCCCAGCAUUUUUUAAGAUGUAUGUAUUCGCUGUUCUGUUUUUCCAGGUGAUUCUGUCGUAAAGUGAUGCUAUGUUGUUGUGACACCACCAAACUGAUUUUACGGUUUUUAUGGAAUUAUUCAGAUGUCAAAAUUAACUGUUCAAAAUGUUCUGAAUCAUGUAGCUACGUGGCAGGUAACUGUUUAUGGGAGAAAACACUGUACAGUCAUGCACCACAUAACAGCGUCUGGGUCAGCGAUGGACACUUCCCUGACAGCGGGCCCACGACAUUCUUGUGCAGUGUUUGGAAGCCUGGCCUGGGCUCUUGGCGUUGGCCUCUUGUAGAUCAAGUAGGGGAAGUGAUUGGUGUUCAGUCAUGCUGCUGGGACACUUGCAUUUCCAGAUGAAAAACACAUAAAUAAAACUACACGCACCAUCGAGGCUUGUGUAAGGACACUCUGUGAUCACACAGCAGCGGCUGAGCACACAUUUCUCAUGUCACUAAGCGACACAUGAGUGUCACUGGUUUGGAGACCCGAAAACUUAGGAAGCUAACCAAUGUGCAUUUCCUUGAAUGGCACAGUCAGUUUCUAUGACACAGCAUCUUUUAAAACCAUAUCAUGUCAGGAUGCAGCUUGGCUGGGCAAGGACAUUGGGUUUUUCAGCUGGCAGUGAUCAUAAUAUCUGGGGAAAGUUUUAAUGUGACCUUAGAAUUGGCAGAAUUGCGUCUCUUCAUAGUGCUGCUGGAUUGCCUUGUGGGGGUGGAGAUGUGGAGACCCCUCCAGGCGAGCAGCCCGUAGGCCGAAGGCAGUGGCAGCCCCUCACGCUGGCUCAGCGGGGCCGAGCAGAGGAGCGCGGCGUCGGUGGGCUUUUCAUCGUAUGCACGCUAGUGCCACAGUGACAGGCAGUUGGAGCUCCAUGAGUGGACUGGACAGCUCUGCUUGGGAAGCAUCGGCAGUCGUCAGCUGAGGGACAGAUGGUAGCAGUAGCUGGAGGACGCUUAGGUUUUUGAGCCAAAAAUCUUCGUUUGUGCGCCAGAUGGAUGGGUCCUGGGCACCUUCUGUUGUAGACGUUUCCAUCAUGAAUGUCCAGGUCAGACCCCCAUGUCCACGUCUUCAUGUAUGUCCAGGCACAUGUGCGUGCACACCACUUGCGGGAGUCAGUGUGCUUGGCUCACGAGGACCCGGCCAGCCACUGCGAUGGCUUUCACAGACCCUACUGCUUUACGGUCUGGGUGCCAUGUGAGAAGCGGAUUCAUCAGCUUUAUCGAAUGACACCAUUUGUUCUCUG